UCAGCCUCGUAUCUUCAAACCAAAUUCAUUCUGAGCUCAAGGAAAGGAAGUACCUUCAUGAUGACUGCAGUUUACCUUCUGCGCUUCUUUAUUCCUGGAUGAACGGAAUGUUUAAGAAAGGCAUGAAGGAAGCUAUUGAAAUCGAUGAUAUGGGAAGUUUACCCGAAGAGCAUUCAGCAAAGUACAGUAGUGAACGCUUUGCAAAGAUCCUACUUCAAGAAAAGGAGAGAGCGAGAAAGAAAGGCCGCGAGAUCAGUUUUAACCGAGCGCUCUUCCAUUUCCUUAAGAAAGGAUUAUAUGUAUCUGGAAUUCUCAAAUUCGUCGGAGAUUCUUCAGGUUUUGCAACACCGUAUUUAAUAUCUGGUAUUAUCACAUGGGCAACCUUACAGGGGAAGGACUCCGGCGAGACAGGGCAAACAUACCAAAUGACGGAAUCAUAUUACAUCACAGCAGGAGAUUUCUUUUCCAAUGGAUUUGUUCUCGUGAUAGCCCUCUUUUUCCAGUUGGUUUUCCAGAAGAUCUGUACUCAAUUAAGUUAUCAUUACGUCAUCUUAGAUGGAGCCAAGGCCAGAGCUGCUAUUCAGUCAGCAGUGUAUUCUAAAACCUUGCGUUUGUCAACUUCUGGGAUUGGAAGCGGGUCGCUAACCCAGGGCCAGAUUGCUAACCAUAUGUCUGUUGAUCCUCGAAGUAUCUUCUUAGCACUACAAUGGAUCCAUUCCAUCUGGUCGAUACCUUAUCAGGUCAUUGUUUUCGUGAUAAUCCUUUACUUCGAACUGGGAUUUUCAGCCCUUGUUAGUUGUUUGGUCCUUCCACUCUCGAUACCUAUUCAAAUCUACAUUGCUAAUAGACAAACUUUCUACCAGAAAGGAGCAAUGAUACAAUCAGACGAGCGCUUAAAGCAGACUAACGAGGUCUUACAAGGAAUGAAAGUUGUGAAAUUAAAUGCCUGGGAGAAAAUAUUUCAAAAGGCUAUCGAGAUCACCAGGAGGAAAGAAGUUAAAAAGCUCAGGAUUCAGAUGCUGUGGCGGGUUCAGCUAAAUACCUUGGCCAAUGCAGUUCCACUUCUUCUCAUGCUUUUUGCUCUGAGCUUGUAUAGUGUAUUCUCUGGUAAGAGUUUGACUCCUGAUGUAGCCUUCACGUCGCUUUCAGUAAUCAACCAGCUUCAACUCCCUUUACAAUUACUACCUCGUGUAUCUGCUUUCUUUGUCAUCGCUGUAGUCAGUAUGCGUCGAUUAGGAAAGUUUUUCAAAGCACCUGAGAUCGAAGGCAAUUUGUUGACUGGUAAUGGGAUGAACGGAGACAUCGUUGAUGAAGAAGAUAAAGAAAAGGUUUCUGAUUCCAGCGCUUUAAUAAAAAAACUGAAGAAUGGAAAUGUCAAGGAAUAUGGAGCAACCCAUUAUACAAGAUUGGCGAACGGUUACAGUGAAUCGGACGCUGAAGCUAUUCCAAUGAUGAGUAUAAAUGCUGAUACACUUCCAUCCAACAUUGCAUUGAAGGUGACCAAUGGGUCAUUCUCAUGGAGUGGAGAGACUCGGACACCGAUAAUAUCCAACGUGAAUAUUGAUAUUCUUGCAGGUAAACUUACAAUGAUUGUUGGUAGGAUAGGAGCGGGUAAAUCUUCUCUCUUGGCAGCCAUGUUGGAUGAAAUGAUCACAUUGAAUGGAGAUAUCAAGCAACGAAGCAAAAAGAUCGGAGUUGCAUAUGCGGCACAGACAGCGUGGCUCAUCAAUGCUAGCCUGAAGGACAAUAUCCUAUUUGGAAAACCUUUCAACUACAAAAGAUACAAAAGGAUAUUGCAUGCCUGUUGCCUGCAACCAGACAUUGACAUUCUUCCAAUGGGAGACCAAACGGAGAUUGGUGAGAAAGGUAUCAACCUUAGCGGAGGUCAGAAGCAACGCAUCAGCGUCGCGAGGGCAAUGUAUAGCUCAUAUGAUGUCGUCAUUUUAGACGAUCCAUUAUCUGCUCUUGAUGUGCAUGUUGGUAGUCAUAUGUUCUUCAAAGGUAUUCUGGAUUUCUUGAUUGAGGAAGGAAGAACUGUAGUUCUUGUCACCCAUCAGGUGCAAUACUUGGAUCACGCUGAUCAGGUAAUCUACCUGCAAGAUGGAUAUGUAGCUAGGAAAGGAACAAUGAGAGAAAUUGAACAAGAGGAUCCCAGCCUUGUAAAGUCUUGGAAUGUAACUCUCAAAACUGAUGAGAUAGAGACGGCAGUGGGAUAUUGCAGUUCAACAGAUGAAGAACGAGAAGUUCUCAAAAAACGAGUUUCGAAGUCCAAGAAAGGUCAACAGAAUGACAUAGAGAUAAUUGAUGAGUCUUCAAGUAAAUUGAUCGGUUCAGAGGAGAGAAAUCGAGGUUCCGUAUCUAUAUGGUAUUACUGGUAUUACCUAUGUAAGUUUGGGUUAUGCCAAGGCUUCUUGGUCUGUUUAUUUGCAAUACUUCAGAACGUUGCUACAGCCGGAACACAGUUCUGGCUUUCUGCAUGGUCGUCAGCUGGAGCCAAAUUACCAGAUAAUGCAACAGUUGAAGAAAGCAAUGCUGUGCUAAAGAAGUAUGUGGGUAUAUACUGUGUUUUGAAUGGAUCUGAUAUUCUGUUGGGCACUGUAUGGACUACGAUACUACUCAUCCAGUGUGUUCAUACUUCAAAGACUCUACAUAAUAUGAUGCUUACUAGAAUACUCAGAGCACCAAUGAGAUUUUUCGACACGACUCCGCUUGGACGAAUCAUGAAUCGUUUCGCUUCAGAUAUGCAGAAACUUGAUCAGACGCAAGGACCUUUUAUCCUGGGUUUAUUUAAGUUUCUCUUGAGUACCUUGGCUGGUGUAGUAGUUAACGCAAUCAUCUCUUGGUAUUUCAUCGUUGCUAUGAUACCUAUUACAUUGGCUUAUAUGAUUCUCAUGAAAGUAUUCAUCGAUACCUCUCGGGAAAUGCAACGGCUAGUGAGUAUUUCAAACUCACCUGUUUUCUCUCAUUUCUCCGAGACGCUUGGAGGUCUUACUACUAUACGAGCAUACAGACUUCAGAAAAGAUUCAAGAAAAAUAUCAUUGGUAAAAUUGAGAGAAAUCAUGUGUCCUUCUGUUUCCUGCAAGACAGUAACCGAUGGUUGGGGAUCCGAUUGGAUUUAACUGGAUGUAUAAUGGUUCUAGCUGCUGGACUAACCAGUCUUGCUGCAUCGUCUCUCCAUCCAGCUACAUUUGGAGCUAGUCUUGUUGGUCUUGCAAUAACGUAUGCAUGCAAGGCUGCGUAUUCCCUGACAUGGGUUGUUCGUAAUGCCACCAGUGUUGAGAUGGGCAUGAAUUCUGUUGAGAGGAUUGAAUACUACACCAAGGUAGAUAACGAGAAAUACCGAGGUUCUAUUACGCCAAAGCCUUCCUGGCCUGACAAAGGUCAUGUUACAUACAAUCGAGUGUAUGCUAGGUAUGCAGCUAAUUUACCUGCUGUUCUUCAAGGAGUCAAUAUUGAUUUCAAACCAGGAAUGAAGGUUGGUAUAUGUGGGCGAACGGGAAGUGGGAAAUCAUCCCUGACAUUAACACUUUUCCGAAUCAUCGAUACGUUUAAAGGAGUGAUUAAAAUCGAUGGAGUUGAUAUUUCCAAGCUAUCGCUGACCGAUUUAAGAGGUCGCCUUGCUAUCAUACCUCAAGACCCAGUCAUGUUCACAGGCACAGUACGAUUUAAUUUGGAUCCUGAGGAAAGACGAACUGAUACGGAGAUAUGGGAUGCUUUGGAAAUUGCUCAACUUAAGAAGCUUGUGAGCGAUCUUCCAAACAGUCUCGACUCAAUGGUGUACGAAGGAGGAGAUAAUUUCAGCGUAGGUGAAAAACAACUCUUCUGUCUUGCUCGUGCUAUGCUAAAGAAAUCUCGCAUUCUGAUCAUGGACGAAGCCACGGCCUCAAUUGAUGUCCACACGGAUGCCAUUUUACAAGAAGUGGUCGCAACUGCUUUCAAGGAGGAAACAGUCAUUACAAUCGCACAUCGAGUAUCGACUAUACUGGACUCAGAUCAGAUCGUGGUCCUUUCCGAAGGACAUGUUGCUGAACUUGGAACACCGGAAUCUCUGUUAGCUAAAGAAGAUAGCAUAUUCGCGUCUCUCGUUAGAGCCAAGUCCUAAUCACUCUCAUUUACAAGUGUCCAUAUUGUUGGAAGUAUUUGUUGAAAUAACUGAUUUAUCAUGUAUGUUGUUAUAUAUUGUUAGAGUAAGCGUUAAAUAUAAAGGGUAAGUAUAAGGUAUCCUGAGUUUAUAUUGAGUUUAUAUAGGCCUUAUUUCAGCAUGUUUAUAUAUAAAGUAAAUUAAUGGUAUGAAUGCGAUGUAACCGAAAAUUUCAUAUCAGUAAAUCUUGAAGUAUUUGGUUUGAACAAGUUCUUUAUUUGCAACAAUACAAGUUUUAUAUACGACAAUUAUAACUAUAAGUUAAAAAGAAGGGAUUAAAAGGUAGUAACUUGAGAAAACACUACGAAACUGAAAGGUUAAAAAAAUCUGAUUUACGAUUCAUGUGCAUAACUGAACAGCAUCGUUAUUCCGGAUCUUCAAGACAAAGUUUGUUUUCCAUUAGAAAACAAUGGUAAAUACUAAUCUUAAAAAGAAUGUGAUUUUCUGGGUUUUUUUUUCACACUGCAUAUCCAUGCUAUGACAUUGAACAUAAGUUAUCUUAUCUCAGUAUUCACUACAAUUCAUACUCAUGAGCGUACUCAUACAUCACUACUAUAAUGCUUUCUAUUAUGUAUUGAACGAAAUAUCUGAUUAUGACUUUCUAACUUAAGUCUCAGUUGAUGACCCCCCCCCCCAUAAACAAAUGAAUAAAAUGAAUGAAAUGAUUAAAUAAAUGAUAAAAAAUGGUGUGCAUAUAAAUGUCAAAUCAAUAAAAUGGUAUACAAAUUGUGAAAUAAAAAUAGGCCAUAUUAAUGCAAUGAAGUUCAAUUUUUUUAUAAAGGAAUCUUAUAGUGACUUAAUUGUGUGACAUCAUAUUGUUAGAUGGUAUUUUUAUGUAGGUCUUCUUGAUCUAGAUCUUGAUGGUGGCCGAGGUCCUCUCUCAUCUUCUCUCCGUUGUUGUUGAAUUUGUUGAAACAAAGAAACGACGCAUAAAACGCAUGAUAACUAAAUCAUUACGAUAGAGAAGGGAACAAGAAAGCGAGAAUUACAAGUGAUAUUUACUGCAUAAUUUAUCCAAAAAUGAAUACUCUUGCUUAUAAAAACGAGAAGAAAGCAAAAGUGAAGACAAUUGUAGAACAUCAAAAUUCAAAUAUAAUAUGAAGUUAAUUCAAACCUACUUAGAAUUGUUUUGUAUAAAUAAAUCGGCUUAUUUUCACUUUUUGUAGAACUAGCUGAUUUUUUUAUUUAAGUUUUUGUUCCGUAGUUUUUAAUCUUUUCAUAUUAGUGUAUUCUACUUGAACAUCUGAACAUUGUCGAACAUCAUACGACAAAUGGCAUAAGCAUGUAGCUCUUUCUUUUGGAUACCGGCCACAUUAAUUUUGAUUCUUGGUAUCCUAAACCAUGAUUUGUACAUAUUGUUGAAUGAUUUUACUCAUUGAAUUAAGAAUUAACAUACAAAAUGAGUGAAGGAAUGCUGGGAAUGAAACUAAAUAUAUUUAACUGAAAAUUUAAGGUCCUUUGUUCGGUUUACGUUACUGGUUGUCUAUGUAAAAAGGGGUAGAGUGUUGAAGGAUUUGGUUAAAGAAUAGACACCACCCCCCCUUCCAAUUUUUAAAAAAAUCCAUAAUGUGUUGUUUUAUUUUUUUGAUGGGAACGACUUAGUAUGAUUGGUUGCUCUGGCUGUUUCUUUUAGAUCACAGUGCAUUAUUCACAAUACAUCCCAUGAUAUUCCUAAAAAACUUACAUCAACGAGUGUAGAUGUGAUGUGAAAUGCCAGAGGCAAAACAAGAGAGAUUCCCAUUAUGGACAUCUGGAGCUGUAAGCAAAUAUAAUAUCCAUAUUCCAUUAUGAUUAUAAAUAAGUAAAUUAUAUACUUUGAUCAUUAUUGAAUUGAAAAUAACGUUGGGAAAAUUAGAUUGAAGUUUUAUCGAAUGCGGAGUGAGAUUAUCUGAUUGUGUGGGAAGGAAAAGAGCGUAACUUUGAUUUACAUAAUAUUUGUAUUCAUAUAUAUAGUGAAAUUAUAUUGCAUAUAUACCUUUUCCAAAUGGUGUGUAUUUUCUUGCAUAAACUAGCAUGUGUUGUUUUUAAGGGAGUUUCCUUUGAAUUCAUGUCAUGCUUUUCCUAAAAUUUUGUGAUUAUGAAUACAUAUUGCUUAUUAUUUCGUUCAUCUAUCGGAAAAAUGAAAAGUUACUCUUACCAUCGCUCCAAACACCUCUACAAUUGUGAUGAAAUGUAAAACAACCAGGCAGCAUAGCACAAUUAAGAAAGGAAGAACUAGAAAUCGGUAGCGCUGGAAAAUAAAACGGAUAUUUUCUAAUAUUUACACUGAAAAGACUGGUUGAUUAUUUAAUCAAUCAUUAAUGUAAAUAAUUUGUUCAUCCUUUAGCUCAUCGGGCAAGUACAUGUAGUAUAUUUUUUAAGCUUUAGGGUUAAAGUUAAGAAAAUAAUUAAAAUAAUAUUUGGAAAUAACUAAAAUAAUAUUUUUUCCAUAAAAAAGUCUGGGGCUUAAGGUACGUGAUAUAGUAGUGUGGUCUUGUAAAGUCAACCUUGUGUCAACAUUUUUAUAAUUUAUAAGUUUUGUUUCACUAUGAAAUAUUCAUUUAAUGAUAUUAAAUACUUACCCUACAUGCUGCAAACACCAACAUGAUGGAAACGAUUAGGUAUAUAACGAAAAACAGCAAAGCAAAUAUCCUGCCAUAAAAUUCAGUUCGAUCCUGGUCUUCAAUUUCACUGAUUAUAUCUCCUAUGAACAGAAAUCAGAAGUGUUAGGAAUGAAAAUAUUUCUUACAAUCUCAAAAUUGAUUGGUGAUUUUUAUAUAUUUGCACAACAUGAGGACAUGGCCCUGGGAAGCGGGGGUGCUGGGGUGCUGAAGCACCCCCCAAAAUUUACUUGGGGUGCUGAGUGUAUUUUCCGUAGUCAGCACCCCCGGUUGUUCUAGAAGAUGUGUAAAAAUUGGAAAAUGUUACCAAAAUGACAGUUAUUUUGUAGUAAAGCUUUUUUUUCUUUCUUUCUUUUCAAAUUUUCGCAACCAUUUCAUUGAUUGAUUAUUUGUCAGGUAACUAUGAACAAGUACAAGAAAAUAUGAACAGAAGUGUAUACCGUGACAGGAUUGCCCAUGAAAGCCGAGAUGGCUUAUUUCCAAUGGGGUCCCUACAUCAGUAAUUGAAGACAAUGAACAUCUAUGAAAAAACACCUAUAGAAAUCUACAAACUACAUCAAUUAAAUCUAGACCACUAAAUUAACACGAUGAAUUGUAAAACUUAAUAUAUAAAAAGACAAAAACAAAUAAGUUUGCCAUGAAAAACAUUUAGAAACAUUUGAACUCUUUUUUGUAGCGAAAAGCUUUUUUUUCUUUCUUUUUUUUUUGCUUUUCAAAUUUACAUCAGCACCCCUACUUAAAAAUAUCGUUCCCAGUGCCCUGCAUGAGGUAUGUAUGUUUAGGGUGGGUUUUAGUAUUUUUUAAAGAAAUAGUAUACUCAAAUAUUCAUUUUUUUUUACGUUUCUUAAUUCACAAUAUUUUCUAUACUUAAAAAAUAAGUUGAACUUUGCACCUUAACCAAUUUCACUCCUGGAGAACCUUUAAAGACUCUCUUCUUUCUGAAAAGUGAAUAGUAUGUGUAAAUUGCACAUUUUAAGGUAAUCACAGUUUAAGAUUGGUCUGCACAUUUUAUGAUAAUAAGAAUAUUAUUAAAAAUGCAUAGUUGAACCCACAUUUCUUAGUGUGUACUAUGAUAAUGACGAAAUCAAAUAUUGUUUGUUAAUUAUGUAUUCGUAUUGUGCAUAAAGUUAGAUUCAAUAUUUCAAGUGAUCUAGAAUGGAUCGGUUUAAUUGAUAUGGUCUGGUUUCUAAUGUGUUACUUGCGUUGGAAUUAAUUUUAUUUGUAAUGAUUAUGUAGGCGACUUGGUGUUUAUCCUUUUAUCAUGCUUAUAAUGUUAAGAUUCUUUUUAACAUAUUUUUCAGUCAGCAAUUGGAAAAUAUUUGUGUAAUUUUGAUAAAGAAUGUUGGAUCUAAUUCGAUUGAAAUUGUAAUUUAGGGAAUCGUUUCAAAAGAGCGAAUAUUCAAUUUUUUAUCUUUUGAGAAAUAAUUAUGUCAACGAAUAAUAUGUUGUGAGCUGUAGGUUUAAGUCCAUGUAUUUCAUAAGUUUGUAAUGUAUGAAUCAACUGUUCUGGUCCGGAAAAUGUUCAAUGUUUAAUUAUGUUAAUCCACUAUUGCCCUUUUCCAUGUGAAAAUUCUUAAAAUAAUAUAUCUGAUAUAACCAUGAUAUACUGUAAUGAACAUGAGUGAACUCAUUACCCUGCUCAGGGGAAUAAGGGGGCAUUUCUGAAAGAAAAUGCAAUUUUACUGGGUUUUCUGUACUUGUUAAAAUUUUCUAUUUACUUCUCCUUUAUGUUGAAUUAAAAAAUAUGGAAUAAAAGA